UAGCCAAGAUAUUAGAAAAAUAUUGAGCCUUCGAAGGACAGCAAUGAACUCCAAAAGUACAUUGUUGUCAACCAUUCAGAUGGAUUUGGAGGUUAAAGGCAUUGCAACAUCUGUAAGAAGGCAACCACCACUGUCCUCAAGGACGAAUAAACUUGCUCAAGGUUGGAGACCACAUACAAAAUCAAGUCAUGGUCCUCGGCCAGCAGAAGUUCCAUGCCUUGAUCUGGGAAACUUGGGAGAUUCAGAGGAUGAGGAUGGAGAUAGCUUCAUACCAUACAGUGCUGCACAUCAUCAUGUUGGUUCUCUACGUUCAUCCUCAACUAUUAGCUGGGGUACUCCAUUACAGACUCCUUAUGCACAGCAUCACAAUAUUUAUCAGUCGGCAAGGAAACCGGAUCUGAAGGAAACUGAGCUUUCUUCAUGGGAGCAAGAGACAGUACCAGAAAAUCUGCCACCUCCAGCAGAUAAAUACAAACUGAAGUAUCAGCAGUAUGAUGCAGAAAUGAAAGCAGGAUAUAAGCAGUAUUCCCAAAGACCUGCAGAAAAGAAAGCUAACAACAGCCAAUCCAGUGAACCUUCAAGAAAAAUAACUGAGAAGAAGGAUUUACAGCCUGAAAACCAAAGAGAUGAUGAAUUGGCAGUUCUUGAUGAGAAAGCUUUUCUUCAGCAGUGCUAUACAAGCAAACCCUACACAGUACAGCACAGCAUAAGGAAAUUAGAAGCCGAAGAUGUAGCAUCAGAGAGAAAAAAACAAAUUGUAGUGGAACAAGUUAUGAUAGAUCAGUUAUCCAGGGCUGUAAUAAGUGAUCCAGAGCAAAAUGGAAAUUCUCAUGCUUAUGAGAAGGAUCCUAUUCUUCCAGGAUUAAGUACAGCACCUCUACGCUUCAGAAAAAGAACGUUACAUGAAACAAAAAUAAAAACUAGGUCAGCAUUAACUGAAAAUAUGCUUUCCAAGAAAUUACGCUUUGAUGGUAGAGUGAUAUCAAGAAAUGGACGAGAUGCUUGUCGAGAACUGAUUGGAUUUUUCUUUGCGUAUGACAAAUCUCUAACUGUAUAUGAAUACCGACAAUUUGGUAAAAAUAGAACAAAUGCUCUCCCUUUCAUUCAGAAGGGAGUUUAUAGUCAUCAGCGUGGUCAAAGAAAAGGAAAGCAGUACUGUCUUAAUUGCUUCUAUGUUGGUGCAGACUUAACUUUUUUGAGCCUUCAUCAUCCUGGCCUUCCAGAAAGUAUGACGCAGAAACCAGUAUUUACAAUCCGUGUCACAAAUAUUGAUGAAACUGCUAGAGCUUUUCUAAAGACUUUAGAUGUGGAAAACAAAGAACAUUCUAUCAAGCAGGAAGGUGAUGCCAGCAAUAUUUUUAGGAAUGUUCAAGAGAGGCUGAGGGAAAAACUAAAUAAAAGAGGAGUUCGUGUUUUUACACGAUUAGGAAAAUACUUCCGGCAACUGGACAGUAAACAAAAUGGAGUUCUUACAAAAGCAGACUUCAAGCAAGCACUGAACGUGUUCCAUUUAGAAGUACCUGAAGAGGAUUUUGAAUCUUUGUGGUUAAAACUGGAGGAAAACUAUGAUACCAGAAUUGAUUAUAUGGAGUUUACUCGUGCCAUUCUUGGAGAAAUGAAUGAAUAUAGGAAAGGAUUUGUCAGAAAAGCUUACAUGAAACUGGAUUACAACAAAACUGGCAGUGUGCCUAUGGUAGAUAUCAAAAAAUGUUAUUGUGCUAGAAAACAUCCUCAAGUCAUAGCAGGUAAUGCAACAGAGGAUGAAAUUAAAUCUUCAUUUCUAGAAACACUGGAGGAUGCCUGCAUCAAUCCCAAAGAAGUUUCAUUCUGUGAAUUUGAAGAUUAUUAUGAAGGAUUGAGUACUGGAAUUAUGGAUGAUGAAGAUUUUGUUAAUACAUUAAGGAAUCCAUGGGGAAUAUAGAAGCAAAUAAUAUAAUGUCCUGAUGUAAAGAACUGAGAAACAGAAUUUAGAAUUUGAAACUUUUAAAAUGAAAUUUUAAUCAAUUGGCAUAAAUAGUCUUAAGAUACUGAAGUAAAUAUUUAAAAUGCUGUUUGCUUACUUCAUGUGUGCAUGUGCAUUUCUGUGUGUUCUUAAUAUGAGAGAUAUGUUUAAUGAAGGACCGUGUCCCUACCCCUCAAACUUCUAGAAAGAGUAAAUCCUAAAUAAUGACAUAAUAUAGUUUCAUAGUAUGUUAAUUCAAUGAAUUGUGGUGGUGAAUAAAAGUAAAUGUAU